AUGGAUUUAUUUCAAGACUUUGCACAAUAUUUCAGAUUUUUCUGCGAAUUUUUAGGCUUUUCAGGGAUUAUCUUAUCCGUCAUAUUCCUUGGUCUUCGACUUUUAAUAUUUUGUUGGAAGCGAUACAAGUCGUGGUCAUUCAAAUGGUGUGGAGAACCGCAUACAUGGGCUGUCAUUACUGGCAGUACUGAAGGUAUAGGUCUGUCAUAUGCUAAACAAUUGGCCGCCAAAGGAUACAACCUUUUGCUAAUUAGUCGUAAUGAAGAUAAGUUAAUGAAAGUUAAAGAGCAGAUCCAGGAUCAGAUCAAAUGUGUCCGAAAAGUGCGUGUAUUGGCCAUUGAUUUUGAUAACAAUUCCGAUGAAAUUUAUAACAAAAUUGAGGAAGAAUUUAAUAGUUUAGAAGAAAUACAUGUUUUGGUGAAUAAUGUGGGAACUAAUUAUCCGGGAGAACGACCAGAAUAUUUGACACAAAUACCGAAACUCAAUGAAGUGAUAAUGAGUUUAAUUAACGUUAACAUCGUUUCGUGUACAAGACUUACAUCUCAAGUAUUGCCUCGUAUGGAGCGCAGGGGUCGGGGAGUUAUCAUAAACUUGUCGUCUUUUUCGGCACUAUUUCCGGUGCCAUUAUUGACAUUAUAUUCAGCGACCAAAGUGUAUGUCGAUUAUAUGUCUCGCGCGCUUCAAGAGGAGUACCGGACACGUGGUAUUGUCAUACAAUCUGUAACACCGUAUUAUGUGUCCACACAUAUGACAUACAAUAUGGAGCCGCGAUUCUACGCGCCGACACCCGACGAUUUUGUACGACAGGCACUCGAAACGGUAGGUCGAGAGGACUCGACCGGCGGCUUCUAUGUCCACCGUUUGAUUGGUUUGAUGUACUUUUGGUUGGGUGUAUAUUCCCGGUUCAUUGGUAUUGAUUUUAAUAUAAAACUGGCGUAUCGUAGAUUGAAAAAUAUUAGAAAUAGAAUCAUAGAGAAGCAAGUAUAUACUCGAAGUUGUAUUAGGGAUAAAGUGAUGCUAAAACCCUGUUUCGUGAAGUAA